ACUUGUUUCCAGGUAGCUUGUAAGGUCAAUAUGGCCGAAUACUUCGGUUCCAAUAGUAGAAUCAUAGUAUCCAACGAUGUGAAUGGUGGGAAGCCUUCGGUUGAAAAGCUUGCUGAUUUAAUUGCAUGUAUGCAGGCCACCCGAGCUGAUGUCAUCAAACUCGACAUAUGUGUUGAUUAUAUCACAGAUUUAGCACCGAUUUUUACAGUUCUCACUCACUGUCAGGUGCCACUGAUUGCUAUGGCAGUUGGCAGCAAAGGUCUCAUAAGCCAACUUUUAGCACCGAAGUUCGGUGGUUUCUUAGUAUACGGAUCUCUCGGAGGAAAACCAGUCCCUGGAUUGCCUUCUCUUCUCAGUCUUCGGCAAAUUUACAGGCUUGAAUAUAUGAAUGCGGAUACGAAAGUUUUCGGUGUCAUCUCAAAUCCAGUUGCUCAUAGUAAAGGCCCUAUUCUUCACAACCCUGCCUUUAGACAUAUGGGAUAUAAUGGAAUUUAUGUUCCUAUGCUUGUUGAUGAUAUUGAGGAGUUCUUUGAAACCUAUUCUGGCUCCGAUUUCGCAGGCUUCAGUGUCGGAAUUCCACAUAAGGAAGCAGCAGUCAGGUGCUGUGAUGAGGUCCAUCCACUGGCAAAGUCCAUAGGAGCAGUAAACACGAUAGUAAGGAGGCCAAUGGACGGGAAGCUGAUCGGUUAUAACACAGACUGUGAAGCUUCUAUCUCUGCUAUAGAGGAUGCACUAAGAGAAAGGGAGGUUAGCAGAAAUGGAACGUCCCAUGGUACAUCCUCUCCGAUUUCUGGAAGAAGUUUUGUUUUGAUUGGAGCAGGAGGUGCAGGAAGAGCAAUGGCUUUUGGUGCUAAAUAUAAAGGGGCCAGAAUUGUUAUUUUCAACCGCAAUUAUGAGCGAGCAAAAGCCCUUGCCAAUGCAGUUUCUGGGGAAGCAUUUCCGUAUGAAACUUUAGAAAAGUUCCGUCCUGAGACAGGAGCGAUCCUUGCAAAUUCUUCUGCUGUUGGAAUGAAACCCAAUUCAGAUCAAAGUCCAGUUUCAAAGGAGGCUCUAAGAGCAUAUGACUUGGUUUUUGAUGCGGUUUACACUCCUCGAAUCACACGACUCUUGAAGGAGGCAGCUGAGGUUGGUGUCACUGCAGUGAGUGGAGUUGAGAUGUUUGUUAGGCAAGCUCUAUGUCAGUUCAGGCUGUUCACAGGUGGCUCAGCACCUGAAGACUUUAUGCGAAAACUUGUAAUUGAACAAUUCUGAAAUCAGCAAUGCUCAAGUUGGAAAUCUGUGAAGCUCAAUCUUCUGUUGGAUUUUAUGCUAGUUUUCAUCAUAUGCAACAAUGUAGCAAAAUGGUGCAAUGGAUAGAUGGUAUAUGUAGUACUCUGCUA